CAAUAGAAGCACGUGCCCUACCUAGGAAACUAGCCGAUACACUCGUGACCCGAAUGGAACGCAUCCUCGAGCGGUCUCGUAAACCAUCGGACACUCUCGGCUUUUCCCGUCGAUCUCGGUCGGUUAGCUAGCCAGGCUGAUUAGCCUGUUACUACAUGCUAAUGUUUUUGGAACAUUUGAUGUCAGCGGAAUUUGAGUGGAUGAUACAAAGAGUGUAGAAAAAUGGCGGACGUCGAGGGACAAGGAAUUUGCUCAACGGUCCCUGAGUUGCCUCACCCUUCUUCUCGCAACGGCUCCGGUAGCGGUAACGUUACACCGGACACCGGCGGCGGCUGCCAGACGGCAACAACCGUUACUUCGGGCCCGCGGCUAGUGCGAGUAGUGAAGUCUGACUCUGGCUACGGUUUCAAUGUCCGGGGACAAGUUAGCGAGGGCGGACAGCUGCGGAGCAUCAACGGGGAACUGUACCCUCCUCUGCAGCAUGUCAGCGCUGUCCUACCGGGAGGUGCCGCCGACAGAGCCGGUAUUUCGAAGGGAGACAGGAUUCUCGAAGUUAAUGGUGUGAAUGUAGAGGGAGCGACCCACAAGCAGGUGGUGGACCUGAUCCGGGCUGGGGAGAGGGAGCUGGCGCUGGCCGUGCUGUCCGUCCCUCCCCAGGAGGCCGACUGCUUGGAUCCGGGAGACGACAUUUCAGCCCAGUCCUGCUACGACUACUCCGACAAGCAGGCCGUCCCCAUCUCUGUGCCGAGCUACAAACACACCGAACUCAACCAGGAAAAGUUUGUGGUAUACAAUGUGUACAUGGCAGGCCGGCAGCUGUGCUCCAAGCGUUACCGCGAGUUUGUAAUCCUACACCAAAACCUGAAGAGGGAGUUCGCCAUCUUUACGUUCCCCAAGCUGCCCGGGAAAUGGCCUUUUUCCUUGUCGGAGCAGCAGCUUGACGCGCGACGCAGAGGCCUUGAAGAAUACCUGGAGAAAGUGUGCUCCGUACGGGUGAUUGGAGAAAGUGACAUCAUGCAGGAGUUCCUGUCUGAAUCGGAUGAGAACUAUAACGGCGUGUCAGAUGUGGAGUUGAGGAUAGCGAUGCCAGACAAAACCCCGCUCACUGUUAGAGUUUGCAAAAAUUCUACCACUGACCAGGUGUACCAGGCUGUGGUGAUGAAGCUGGGGAUGGACAGCGUAACAGCCAGCUAUUUUGCUCUGUUUGAGGUCAUCAACCACACCUUUGUGCGAAAGCUCGCCCCGAACGAGUUCCCCCACAAACUGUAUGUGCAGAACUACACGUCGGCCAUCGCAGGAACCUGCCUCACCCUGCGCAAGUGGCUCUUCACUACGGAAGAGGAGAUUCUGCUCAAUGACAACCAGCUUGCUGUCAACUACUUCUUUCACCAGGCUGUAGAUGAUGUGAAGAAAGGCUUCAUCAAAGCAGAGCAGAAGUCCUACCAGCUGCAAAAGCUGGCUGAGCAGAAGAAGCUGUCCAUGUAUAUGAGCUUGUUGAGGGACUGCGAGGGCUACAAUGAGAUCAUAUUCCCACACUGUUCCUGCGACUCCCGACGCAAAGGCCAGGUCAUCACAGCCAUCAGUAUUCGCCACUUCAAGCUCCACGCUUGCACCGAGGAAGGGACACUCGAGGCAAGGGGCGACUCCAUGUCGAACCAGGUGAUUGCAUUUGAUUGGGGGGAAAUGCAGAGGUGGGACACAGAUGAAGAAGGCAUGGCCUUCUGCUUUGAAUAUGCUCGAGGGGAGAAGAAACCACGCUGGGUCAAGAUAUUUACACCCUAUUUCAACUACAUGCACGAGUGCUUCGAGAGAGUCUUCUGUGAGCUGAAGUGGAGGAAGGAGGUGGAAGAGGAGGCUACAGACAAGGACAAUAAGAACUGCAGUAAAGAUGGUAUGUGUGGCAAGAAUAUUUUCCAGCUGCUGAGGCACAGAAGGGAUGGAGGCACCUAGGCAGGGAGAUUGUUACCUAGACACACCGCUGUUACCGACCCAGUUCAGUUCAGUCCUCAUCAAGCCCCAGCGUCUCCACAUGUUCGUCAUUUAUACUCCAUGAUCAGCUACAACCUCAGAAGCUACCCUCGAGACAUGCAAAUCAACAAGCAUCUGCAAAUCUACAAAUCCAAUUAUCCGAACAAUAAAAAACGACAGAACUGUCAAAUCCCGCAUUGACAAGAGCUCUGAAAAAGAAAUGAGUUCUGUCUAAACUUAAAGCCAUGGAUUCAUCCAAUCCUUCUUCUUAUUGGCAAGGACUUGAAUUGGAAUGUGACUUCGGGGGGUUACGAGGCUCAGCAAGUGAUUACGGAAAUAUUGUUGGAUUUAUAAGGGAAAGUGAGGCUGCGGGUUGACUUCAGGACACUUGAUCUUCUCCAUUGACAGAUGGGAGCAGCAGUUCUCUGUCCUUUUGGCCAGUUGCUAGCGUGUAAGUUAACGAUGUGUCCAGGGGACUCCGAAAGGCAAGAAGCUGCCCAGAGUGAGGCCCUCAGAAUGUAAGUCACAGCUGAAUAACAUUUGUAUCUGUUUGACCAUCAAUUUGCAUUCACAAAAGACAACUACUAACAUUGUAUUGUGACAAAGGAGGGAGAGAAAGUGUACAUUCUUUUAUUUAUUUUUUUCAUUCAGAGACACAGCUGUGCUUAUUUGACACAUGAGCUGGAACAAUGUUUAACUUCACUCUAAUGUUGCACUUUAUCAAACUAAUCACGUCCAAAUGUGGGAAAUAUAACUCAAGAGGCAGAGAGUGAGCAUAUUACUCAAACUAGCCUGUGCUUAUUUUACACUCAUUUAUGACUGACUACAGUAUGAUUAUGUACUGCAUCAUCAAAUGGCACGUGCAAUGUUCUGUGAGUCAUGCAUUCUACUUUUGUCUAUUUAUCGUGUGAACACUCCACGCAAAUGUGUUGAGGCCAUUGUAGAGCGGCCUUGAUGGAGUGCAUCAUGUUUACCGUGUAUUACCAAUGAGAGACAGCAGGGGUCCUCCUCCUCGUUCCUGCAGGCCCUGAUUACUUGGAUUGUGAGAGCUCCCACCACAUUUAUUAAACGCCUGUAAUCCAGAAGGCCUUUACAAUCGCAGCACUAAUUAUCUCUGUAGCUCAUGCUGCGCAGUAAUGUUGAACCCAUUCAAUUGAAAGAGGAGUUCUUUGCAGAGAAGGGCAGCGUGCACACUUUAUCAACAUGAUAGAUACAAAGAUAACUGAGUACAUUCACUAAAUGCUUUUGUAGCAACUGAUCACAGAACUGUAAUUCAACGUUUCUCUCAAUGAGUCCAAUUAAUGUAGUACAAUAGACCUAAUGUAAUUUGGUGUAAAUUGAUAUUCUGAUGAUGCAACAAUGAUUUAAGGCUGACAAAAAAUUGUAUUACAUGUCAUAAUAUCAUCAGAAUAAGAUCACAUCACAGUGUUAUAAUGGUACUACCAUAUUCUGUAUGUCAGAAUGUGGCUAAUUCAUGCAAAAACAAAUAUAAAGAUAUUCAAACGAAUGCUCAAAGCUAAGACCUGUGUUGCACUGCAAUGCAUAGCGACCCCCCCCCCAACUCAUUUUCUUACUUCCUAAUUAAGUCAUGUGAGCAUUGUAUGAUGCCAGUGAAUGUUUGUAAAUGCUAAUAUUCCAUUUUCACCCAUCGCUAACUCCUGCUUGGCCUAUAAUGAGAAUAUUGACAGCAUUCUCUCCUCAGCUAAAAGCAAGUGAAGAGUCAGAGAUUGGGAUCAGUGGCUCUUGCUAAGAGUGCUUGUUUUAAUGAUGGUGCUGCUCACUUCUGGGGUGAUUAAUGACCUUCAACAGACUUUGGCAGGUGUGUAAAUGAGGUUUGAUUGAAUGUGUUGAGCCUUGAAGUGUGCGCUCGUCUCCCUCUCUUUCUCUCUGUCAUCCUGACUAAAGUUAAGUGUCACUCUUUAUUCCAACUUCAGCAUCUUUAAUUUUUUCAUCUGAUAUAGCAUUGCUUUCAAGAAGUCACACGAAGAAAGGAAGGAAGAUUGACAACCUGCAGAUUCAUGGACAUGUUGACAUGAGAAAUUUAAGACAAAAGUGUUUGGUUACGUCGUUUACUGUAAGAAAUUGUAACAUACAGUAUUCUUUUAAAUAAACCAAUUUAUUAAU